AUGGAUCCUUCAGAGAUAAAACAGAGAAUCGGUCGCUUUCGGAUCCUCGUCAUAGGGAGAGCCAAUGCAGGAAAAACAACCAUUCUGCAGAGAGUCUGCAACACGCGGGACCAACCAGAAAUAUACAACAGCAAAGGGGAAAAGGUGGGCAUCACAUUGCCACGCGGACUGCACGACAUUGAUGACGAAGUGGUGUUUCCAAGCAACCCGGGCUUCGUUUUUCAUGAUUCACGGGGUUUCGAGGCAGGCGGCGUAUCAGAAUUCGACAAGGUCCAGACAUUUAUCAUUGAGCGUUCCAAGGAAACAAAGAUAACAAAACGGCUCCACACUAUAUGGUUCUGCAUCCCAAUGGACGAAGCAUGUAGGUCGUUCACUGCAGCCGAGAAUAAGUUUUUCUCCCAGUGCGACACAGGAAGCAUACCUGUCAUCGUUGUGUUCACAAAGUUCGAUGCACUAUACGACGUCGCUUACACACAACUGAAAACAGAAGGAAAAUCUCGGAAAGACGCUAGAAAACUGGCCGCAAAACGCGCCGAAGAAACAUUUGCAAACGGACCGCAACUGAGGUUUCUCAAGGAUGUCCGAAAACCUCCACCAUGUCACGUAUGCCUUCCCAAUAUGGACAAAGAUGAUGCAAAUUCUGGACCACUGAUCGAACGCACAGCUGCAACUUUGGAUGAUGAAGUACUGAAGCGAUUGUUCGUCACGACCCAACAGACCAACUUGGAGGUCUGCAUGAAAUAUGCAAUUGAAAGGUAA